UAAUAAUAAUAAUAAUAAUAAUAAUAAUAAUAAUAAUAAUAAUAAUGAUAAUGAUAAUGAUAAUGAUAAUGAUAAUAAAAAAGAGAAAAGAUGAGACCGCUUUUACGGUUAUUUUAAAAAAACUUCACUGCAUUUACAUUCGAAAAUGGCAUACUAAUCAUGAUAAUCAUCACAGGGAAGGAAUAAGAAUAUGAAUGAUCGGAAAAUCGAAAUGUUGGCAUUCGGAGUGAAUUGAAAGGACUCUUCGAGAAAAAAAAGGAAGAUGAUGAUGAUGAUGAUGAUGAUAAUGAUGAUGAUGAUGAUGAUGAUAAUAAUAAUGAUGAUGAUGAUGAGGAGGAGAAGGAGGAGGAAGAAGAGAAGGAGAUCGAAAAGUAAAAAAAGAAUGAAAAAAUAUAUAUAUCCAUAUAUAUUUUACUUUCUUUUCUAUAUGUAAUAUAAGAUAGAUGGUUUUCGUAUGUCCAACGAUUCGAUCAUUCCGAUGUCGAUAAUAUUCAGUAAAACGUCCAUGACAACUGACAAUAAAGGCUGUGAGUGCAAAGACGCUCUCUCUCUUUCUCUCUUUCUCUCUCUCUUUCUAUUUAUCUAUCUAUCUAUCUCUCUUAUUCUCCCUCUCUCUCUCUCUCUCUCUCUCUCUCUCUCUCUCUCUCUCAGCAAAAGAAGAAAUGACGUGAACUCUUCUAAUUUGUAAUAAACAAAGCUUCGCACGAUUUUAUCUGUGCUUCUCAAUGUAAUUAGUACAUAGGACGUACACGUUUGAAAAUUGAAAAAAAAAAAAGAGAAAAAAACUAGAAAAGAGAAAAAAAGAGAAGAAAUAAAAAAGAAAAAAGAAAAAGAUUAAACCCAAAGAAGAAAAAUAGAAGUGGCGAAAAAAAUUUAUUGAGAAGAUCGAAUCCAGAUAUAUUGGAUGCAUGCCGUCGUUGAGUCGCGAGGCCGAAUUUUAAUAAUGAAAUAAGAAAUUAAUUUUCGAAAUAGCAACGACAAAACACACGCUUAAUUCUUCGAGUCGUUAUUUUUUUCACAGUUCAUUUUUAUCUUUCUUUUUCUUUUUUUCCCCUUUUUCUUUUUCUUUCUUUUUCUUUCUUUCUUUUUUCUUUUUUGUGGAACAAAACGACCUUCUCGUCCGCGAACGAUCGUUCUCGAUCGUGGCAUUUCAUUCACAUUAAUUCCGAGACGCGAGGUUAAUUCGAGUUAAUUUAAAUAAAAAUCGAUGUAAUUACAUAGUCGAGUAAAUAAAUGACAGGAGAAUUAUAAUCGUUAAUCGGAUAACGAAAACAGAGAACACAGGGAGGUUUUAAUGGACAGGGGCGAAGAUUGGGAGGGCGAGCACGGGGGACAGGGGACAGAGGGUGGUCAAUGAAAGAAACAUAUAAAAACGUAUAUGGACACACGUAAACAUACAAGAAACAUACAAAAGCAAACAUUAGGAUAACACACAUCAUAUACGAUAUAUAUAUAUAUAUAUAUAUAUAUAUAUAUAUAUGUGCGUGUAUUUUGUACUCACUUUGCACACUGAGAUCCGCCAAAAAGAAAAUAAUCGAGAUGCUUGCCGGUUUCUUCGUCUAACGCUUAAAAAUCUCCUUUUAUUAGAAGAAAAGUCUGCACGAGAAAAUACGAAUCGCACAAGGCACAUUAUAUUAUGCAAAGAAAAGGAAACACGAAUGAGGUAUAACGAUGGAAUAAUUAUCGAUUCGAAAAUUCGUAUUUCGAGAAUCGCAAGUAAAAUAUCGAAUUAAUCGAUAUAUUUUAAUCUUUAAACAUCCAUAUAUAUAUAUAUAUAUAUAUAUAUAUAUAUAUAUAUAUAUAUGUGGAUGUGUACAUAUAUGUAAAAUAUGUAAGUAGCUCUUCGAUUGGAUAAUAAUACUUCGCAUUGAUCGGACGAAAGGCUCUUAAUAUUCUAUCGAAUAUUAUAUAAAAAAGAAAAAAGAAAUAAGAACGAAAAAAAAGAAUACAACAUUAUUAAUUAUGCGAUAGGUUUAUCACAUUACGAACGUUACGAACUUGCGCUUAUCAAUGUGGCGCCAAAUUCAAAAUUAUUGAUCCUUCGAUCAUCCUUGCCUUGUACGAUUUAUAUUAUAUCACCAUUUUCUUGUUGACUUUCCUCACCGUAAUCCUUUUUAUCGCGUAAUUUUUUAUGCAUAAACGAACAACGUACCCGUAUGCCACGUAUUCAGUGCACUUGCAGUGAUCUAUUUUUUUACGAUGAACAAACAACACAUAACCCUUCAAUCCGUGUUCCUCGAAGUAGAAAAGAUCGCCGUCUUUUUCUUAAUAAUAAUAAUGAUUAUUAUAAUAAGUAAUAAUAAUAAUAAUAAUAAUAAUAAUAAUAAUAAUAAUAAUAAUAAUAAAUAGUAAUUAAUAAUUAAUAAUAAUAAUAAUAAUAAUAAUAAUAAUAAUAAUAAUAAUAAUAAUAAUAAUAAGAAUAAGAAUAAUAAUAAUCCAGCAACGGUGUACGCGUAUUGUGAUCCAAGUGUCUCACGGUCUUGCUAAUAAUAAGUAAACAAAAUGGAAGCUAAGAUUAAUUAUUAUAUUUCUUAGGAUUAUAUGUCCAGAAUAAUUAAGAGGCGCAUAAUAGUGAUCUCUUUUCGUGUACGAUGUUCGCUGUAAUUUAUUAGACACGCAACGGUUACCAAAGAGAGAGAAGCGAUUUAUACAUGUAUAUAUGUAUGUAUAUAUAUAUAUAUAUAUAUAUAUAUAUAUUAUAUUACAUAUAUAUAUAUAUACAUAUAUAUAUAUAUAUAUAUGUAUGUAUGUAUAUAUCGUUUGUUAUAGGUUUAUUUUUACGUAUUAUUAUAUAUUGACUUAUUUACAAAUUAAUGUUAUUUCACACGGUUUACUUGUGGAACGAGCUGAUAAUUGCGGUGCACACAGUUAUCGCAUUUUGCAAUUAAAUACUAAUGUUUGUCAUGCUACGACUAUAAAUUAUUAUGUAUUAUUAUAAAGGGGUAAACAGAAAGACAGAAAAAAAAGAAUGAAAGAAAGGGAGAAAGAAGAAUAAGAAGAAGAAGAAAAAGAUAAGAUACGUAUGUCGUUAAUUUUCAAGCAAACGAAAGAAAGAUAACGACGCGGAUAGGAGAUGAAAAAGAAUUGUAACAUAUUUGUUGAUGGCCAAUAUCAAAUAUGUAUAAAAGUAAUAAUAAUAAUGCAACAUUACUAAUAAACAAAUAUUACUAAUGUCGUCGCAUUUUAAUCCUUCAUCGAUUGUAUAUCAUCGUGUAUCAUCGAUAAAUAUUUUUGUGUCUUUCUAAGAGGUAAACAUUUUCUUUAUUUGUUUAUUCGUUUCUAAACGUCGAAUCUUUCGUUCGAAAUUAAAGAUUUAAGGAUAAUAAGGGAGGUGGGAUAGGAGUGAAAGGGAAUACGAUAUAUGUAUAACGUUUCGCGAAAAUACGCAAACGGAUUGGAAAAGAGAGAAAAUUAACUUCGAAGAAAUUCCUGUCGAAGUGAUGCAUCAUAUGUUUUUACAUAUGAAAAAUGUGCCAUUUACAAGAGGAAAUAAAAUGUUAAAAAUGAACGAAGAAAGAUUAAUGGUAACGUUCGAUAUUUCAUAUAUGUAUGUAUGUAUGUAUUUGAUUUAAAUAUUUUUUGUCUGGUUAAUUUCGUAUCGAUCAUUUUAUAAUGACACAUCAUAUACUUUUGACCUACAAACAUUGAAUUUCUAUUAAAUAUCAAGAAUAUAUUGUUAAUUCUAAUAAUCUGUUGUAUAGUUAUAUCGAGAAUUUAAUUUAGAAUAAUAUGAUUGAAUAUAUGUAGUUCGUUGAAGAGAACGACCAUGGGAUGACAAGUUGUGGUUAUGUUACUUUCAUCAGCGAAUAUCUUUAAGUUAAAAGUUAAUAUUCUUUUAUAAAUCAAAUAAACAUGACAAAGCGAGCUUGUCCUUACGAGGAAAAUUUACCUCCCCAAUUGAAAGUACACGUGGGACAAAGAGAAAUUGAUAAUGGGGUUGCUGAGAAAGAACGAAUGAAGCAAGUUUAUGAUAAAACCUUGAAUUUACUAAAAGAAGGUGUUAAAGAAUAUUCGCAGAAUUUGAAUAAGAGUGAAAUGGAUUUAACUGAAUUACCAUUAACAAAAAUAACUUAUCGUGAAAUGAAGCCUGAACGUACCUCAAAACAAAUGAUUUUAAAUAAUAAAUUACAAUUAGAGAACAGUGAUAAAAUCAUAUCUGAUGUACAAGUCGACCUUUGUGGAUGUUGCCGAAUAAUAGAUUCAAGUUCAACGAACAAAUGUUUUUACUGUGAUCAAGUAUUAUGUUCCUUUUGUUUAUGUCAGUGUAUCAAAUGUUGCGAGCUAUUCUGUCAAAAUUGUUCUUUACCCAUAUAUGAUACUGAACGAAAUCAUGUGUGUCUCAAUUGUUAUUAUUGAUCGAAUAUAGAAUAUCAAGUUUUA